AUUUAUUUAUUUUUUUGACAAUCGGUCACUUUCUGAACCCUAGAUUUUCCUCCAUCCUCUGUGUCUUCCAAUGGAUCCAUACGAGCAAAGAUUGAGAGAUGAAGUCAUCUACCUCCACUCUCUCUGGCACCAAGGACCCCCGAGAAACCCUAACCCCAAUCAUAAUCCUAAUCCUAAUCCUAGUCCUAAUCCUAUUGCCAUUCACAAUCCAUCAAGUCACCAGCUUCAACCCAUCAAUCACACAAAUUUUAAGAGGAUCGGUACCACAAGAUUCAAGAAAAAGCCUCUGGAAUCCGACCCACCACCAGUCUCCGACGUCGAAUGGCCUUGCAAGUUGCCGGCACCUACCAAUCCGGAAGCCAAGUCCGCAUGGCCCAAUUUGAAACCCCACCCGACUGUCGCGACCCCGAUCCGGUUACCCUCAGCCGAAGAACAAGUCAAAUUCGCUGCAAAUCAAGUCCUUCAAAAGGGUUUGAAGCUUACCCAAGAGUUCUUCGCUAGCCAUGAGGACAGUGAUAAUGACAAUGACGAAGACAUGGAAGAUGAAGAUGAUGUAGCUUACGGUGACUGUGAAGAGUACAGUUUUUUCUUGAAGGUGUUUAAGGAGGACGAUGAAUUGAGAGGUUACUACGAGAAGAACUGCGAAAAUGGUGAUUUUGGUUGUUUGGUAUGUUGUGGGAUAGGAACAAAGGUUGGUAAGAGGUUCAAGAACUGCGUUGCGCUUGUUCAGCAUUCAAUUACGAUAGCGAAGACGAAGAAGAGAAGGGCACAUCGAGCUUACGGGCAGGUUAUAUGUAAAGUUCUUGGUUGGGAUGUACAUCGGCUCCCCACCAUAGUUUUGUCCUUGGGCGAUCCCCUCAGUCACACUUUGCCUAAAUCUUGCGAGUCUCAGUUACAGGCGAAUGUGGAUGGUGGUACUGAGCAUUCAGAUGCGCAUAACAAAGAUUCGAGUUUGCAGAACUACAAAAAUGGUGAAAUGAUUCCGCUUGAGGUUUCAGAUCUUUCUCAGAAGAAAGAGUUACUCAAUAGAACUCUGUUAGGCACGUCCAAUGUUACUACUGAUGAUUGGAGUGUUGGUAAGGAACCUGUUGAGGUAGAGGAUGUUCGAAGUGCUGUAAAUGAAAUGAAUAAGAAUCUCAAGGAUAUUAUAGUGUUUGAUGGUGACAAGGAAAUAAUGAAAAUCAGAAUUGACAAGGAAGUAGUGGAGGUGGUGGCGAUGGAUACGAAUGAAGAGAGGGAUUGGAUGGUGUCUCUGAAUGAAGAUGGGGUUUGAAUUCUAAUUGAAGAUUUAGAUGAAAGGAUUGCUGUUUUUUCCUGUGAAUAAACAAAUUAAGGGGAUUGGUGGAACAUAUUUGCGAGGACUGUGCUGUAAGCCUGUAAUAGCAGCAAUGAAAAGUUAGUCUCUCUCAAAGACAACAUGCGACAAUCCAACUCUGGAUUGUGUAUUUUCAAA